AUGUCAUAUUUGUUUUCAACGCAGGAAGGUGUGGGACAUCACGCCCUGGAAUCGAAAGAGCCCUCUUGGUUCCAAUCAUCUACGAAGAGAGUUAUUCCAAACCACUUAGUUCCGAAGAAGAAAUUGGGAUUUCAACUAUCGACUGUCGCCAAUAAAAAGGAUUCGAAAACAUCGUCGUCAAUCUCUACAGCGGACAAGUCUGGCUUAUUUAAUGCCACAGAUUUCAAUGUGAUUACUUUUGGUAAUAGAACUAAGAGUUCCUCAGUUAGUCAAGGUGAUACUCUGGCUCUUCUCUUGAGUGACCAACCGGAUUCGGCAUCGAUCUUGGAUAAUGACGAUAUCCCCUUGUAUAAUAAUGCUGAAGAUCUUCCUCCUCCAAGGUCGCUCUAUGACUUGAAUGAUGAGGCAUUUAUCUCCCUCUCAAAGCCGGCACAGCAUACCGAGUCCUUCAUCCAUAAGGAUCCUAGAAAUUUCAAUAAUGCCUUCGCUAGAAAGGAGGACGUACAAGCCGCAUUGACAGAAGAAGAGAAGAAGACAAAACUCAAUUCUUUGAAGAAUAAUGAAUCUGCUAUUCUCGUUUUCGGCUAUCCAGAAAGCAUGGCCAACCAAGUCAUCGCAUACUUCUCUGAGUUUGGUACAAUAUUGGAGGAUUUCGAAGCUACGAAAGGUUCUAAGAUGGCAUCUUCAAAUGUCUUAGAUUCUAUAGCAACAACAGGUGCAUUUCCUGUCUCUGAUAUCUCUCAUCAUGAAUCAAAUCACCCAACUCCUCCUCCUCCCAUUUUCAGUGGAAAAUCAUGGGUUAAGAUUACUUACGACAAUCCAUCCUCCGCAAUCGAUGCCUUGCAAGAGUCUGGUUCUGUUUUUAAUGGGGUUUUAAUAGGUGUUGUCCCUUAUACCAAAGAUGCUAUAGAGAAACUACAAAAGCGCAAAUUAAGCGUUUCCGAAGAUGUUGGUGGUGGGCUUAAAACAACCAAAAGGCCUGAGUCAACCAAGGUUGACGAGAGUGUUCUUGGAGAUGCGAAUGACAUUCAAGGGUCAUACAUCAAAAGACUUGAGAUCAAAGAUGGAUCUGAGAUGUUUUUGAAAUCUGCGUCUAUGAAUGGAGUGUCAUCAAAGGAUUCACAGGAUAACAAGAGAGCAAAGCUAGGAGUCUGGGGUACGAUUUCGAGUUACCUUUUUGGAUUUCAUGAUUUGUAA